AUGGCCGCCAAGACCCAGCUCGACUUCAUCCUGAACCCCGUGGAGGCCGCCGCCGCCGCCUCGAUGCAGCGGCUCGCGCCGCUCCUGCCGGCCGCCGCCACGCUGCUGCCCAGGAGCUGCGACAGCCUGUCCCCGACGACCUGGGCCUCGGGCUCACCCAGCUCCGUGUCCGCCUGGAACGGCGAGCAGGCCGCGCUGCUGCGCUCGCCCGCCACCCCCACGCUGCGCCGCAAGCGCGACGCCCCGCAGCUGCCGAGCCUGGUGCUGCCGGCGCCCUCCAAGAGGAUCCGCUGCGCCGGCGCGCUGCCCUCGAUCUUCGUGCCCGCCGUGUCCUCGCUGACCUUCGACAGCUGCGCGUCCGCAGCCACGAGCUCCGAGGGCGAGACUUCGGACGCCGACCUCAGCCCCAAGCAGGGCGGCGCGGCCUCGCACAAGAAGACGCGCCUCUGCAAGGAGAAGGGCUGCACCAGCCUGGCCGUGUCGCGCCGCAGCUGCGUGCGUCACGGCGGCGGCUCGCGUUGCACCUUCGAGGGCUGCACCAACGGCGCCAAGCUGCGCAACCGCUGCUUCCAGCACGGCGGCUCCACCAUCUGCCUCGCCUCGGGCUGCAACAGCAAGGCCAAGCGCUACGGCUACUGCUGGUCGCACGGCGGCGGCCGUAUCUGCAGCGCGGAGGGCUGCGUCAAGGUGGCGGCCCAGGGAGGCUCGUGCUGGGCGCACGGCGGCGGUAACCGCUGCAAGCUCGAGGGCUGCAGCAAGCGCUCGUACCAGAAGUACGGCUACUACUGCAAGGCCCACGCCGCCUACAACGUGUGA